UGUAAAUUUCGCUAAAGCCUCAUCGGUAAGUACCAAGUAGAUUUUGCAGUUGAUCGAAAAUAGUGAGAAGUGAUCGCGGAAAUUGGCCUCGAUGAUUUUGAUCGGGCCGAUCAGCUUCGAAGCUGGUAAUGAAAUUUCCCAUUGGGUUCUACCUUCUUCUGAGUUUCCAGCAGAGAAUCGGAACCUGAAACCGAUUCCAGUGAGACCCAAGUAGUAGCUGUAUCUCCAUCAUCUUCUUCAUAUGGAACUACCUUCAUCGUCUUCUUCCCCCAACCUCCAAUCAGUUCCUUCAUCAUCUAACUGGGAACAUGAUGUCUUCCUCAGCUUCAGGGGGGAGGACACCCGCAAUAGUUUCACAGACCAUUUAUACUAUGCUAUGAACCAGAGAGGGAUCGACGCAUUUAGAGAUACUGAAAAGCUUCGGAGGGGGAAAUCCAUUUCACCAGAACUCCAGAAAGCAAUCGAAGAGUCCAAGUUUGCGGUCACUGUUCUUUCAACCAACUAUGCUACUUCAACUUGGUGUCUGGAUGAACUUGCACAUAUUCUCGAUUGCAGGAAAGUGAGGGGGCUGGAAGUUCUUCCGGUUUUUUACCAUGUAGAACCAUCUGAGAUAAGGAAGCAAACGGGAAACUACGGCAAGGCGUUUGCUGAGCAUGAGACAGAUUUCAAGGACGAUAUGAGGAAGGUGGACAAGUGGAGGAAAGCUUUAGAGGAUAUAGCCAGUCUCUCCGGAUGGCAUGUGACACAGGAUAGAAGAGAAUCAGAAGUUAUUCAAGAAGUAGUUAAUGCGAUUCUAAAUGCACUAAACGAAAUGUUAUCCGUUCCUGAAAGAGAGUUAGUUGGAAUGGAUGCUCGUAUAUUAGAAAUAGAGUCUCGCCUGGAUCUAGAGUCAAAUGAUGUUCUUACCGUAGGGAUUUGGGGAAUGGGCGGAAUCGGUAAGACAACUCUUGCUAAGGAAGUAUUCAAAAAGAUCCGUAACCAAUUUCAUCAUAGUGGCUUUGUUUCCCAAGUUAGAUUGCAAUCCGAAGUUGAGUUGCAGCGACGUCUCUGUGAAUCCUUUUUGGGGGAUGGCAAUAUAAACAUCGGCACCAGUGAAAAAGGGAUCAAGUUAUUGAAGAAGGCACUGUAUAAGAAAAAGGUGCUUAUCGUUCUGGAUGAUGUUGAUAAUUUCAACCAAAUAAAAUGUCUAGCACCUGGAGGCCCGCUCGGAGAGAAUAUAUGGGGUGGAGGGAGUCGACUGAUUAUAACAACUAGAGACAGGAGCCCAUUGAGAUACUUUAAUGUACAAGAAAAUAAAAUAUAUGAGGUCGAAAAAUUGAGAGAUGAGGAAGCUUUUCAGCUGUUAAGUCAGAAAGCCUUCAAGAAAGACAAUCCACCAGAGGAGUUUGUAGCGCUGUCCAAGAGUUUUCUGCAAUAUGCUAGUGGCCUUCCUUUAGCUCAUGAAGUUCUGGGGUCAUACUUGUCUAGGCUAAAGGUAGAUGAAUGGUCAGAGAUAUUGCAUAGACUAGAUGAUGAUCAGGAUAAAGACAUUUUCAGUGUGCUUCAAAUAAGUUUUGAUGGAUUACAGGAUACAGAUAAGAAAAUAUUUUUGGACAUUGCAUGUUUCUUCAAUGGCGAGGAUCAUAUCCGUGUAAAGAAUAUAUUGAAAGGUUGUGGCUUUUCUUCCAGAAUAGGUAUAAGUACCCUCAUUGACAAAUCUCUGAUUAAAAUCGAAAGAAAUAAACUGUGGAUGCAUGAUUUGCUACGGUGCUUGGGUUGGCAUAUUGUUCGUGGAGAAUCUUCUUUUCCGGGUAAACGUAGCAGGUUGUGGCUUGAUGACAAUGCAGACAAGUACGAAGGCAGAAUGUCAUGGCGUUUUGAGGAUGCUUGGAAUGUGCUGAUGGACAAUAUGGGAACAACUGCUGUUGAAGGCUUAUUCUUAAGCUUGCCUGAAAAAGAAGAAAUGCCAUUGGAUGAUGACCCGUCCUUAACUAUGCGCAACUUACGAUUGCUGAAGAUUUAUAAUGUGAACUUUCUGGAUGUGCAUUUCAGAUAUAUCUCUAAAAAUUUACGACUUUUAGAAUGGCAUGAAUGCCCUCUAGAAUCUUUGCCAUCUGAUUUUAAAUCAGACAAGCUGGUUGAAUUCAAGAUGCCUAACAGCCGCAUUAAGCAACUAUGGAAUGAAACGCUCUCUCUUAGAUUGCUAAUACUCAUGGAUCUUUCCAACUGCCAAUAUUUAGCCACCACCCCAGACUUCAGUAAGGUUCCAAAUCUUGAGAGAUUGAUCCUUGAAGGUUGUACUGAGUUAUCAGUAGUUCACCCAACAAUUGGGGAUCUCCAGCAACUGGUUUUUCUGAAUCUUAAAGGUUGCGCAAGUCUAGAGAGCCUUCCUCAGUCCAUCAGCUUGAGAUCUCUUCGAAUUUUUAUUCUUUCGGGAUGUUCAAAACUCAAACAGUUUCCAGAGAUUGUGGGGAACAUGGAUGCUUUAUCAGAACUUUAUUUAGAUGGCACGGCUAUACGGGAGCUGCCUUUAUCAAUCCAGCAUUUGGAAGGCCUUGUUUUGCUAAAUCUUAGCGGCUGCAGGAACCUUCCGAGUCUUCCUAGUGUUCUUUGUAGUCAUUUGACAUCACUGAAAUUUCUCUAUCUGUCAUUGUGCUCAAGCAUGGAAAAACUGCCAGAAAACAUAGGCUACUUGAAACACUUGGAGGAGCUUGAUGCUUGUGAUACUGCUAUAAGAAAAGUUCCUGAUUCCAUUUCAGGUCUCAAGAAUCUAAAACUAUUGUGUUUCCAUGGAUGUUCUGGAUUCACAGGUUUAGAGUUGCCAAACAAGUUCUCAGGUUUAAGAUCUUUGACAACACUAAACCUAGGUGGAUGUAAUCUCGCAGAAGGGGCAAUCCCCCAUGACAUUGGUGAUUUAUUCUCACUGCAAAGUCUGGAUUUAAGUGAGAACAACAUUUUCUCUGUACCUGAAAGCAUCUCUCAGAUUUCUGAGCUCACAGAAAUUUCUCUGUAUAAGUGUAGCAAACUACGGUCGUUGCCAAAAGAUCUUCCAUCAAGUCUAAGGAAUGUAAAUGUACGUGAUUGUCCUAUGCUGACAAACUCUUCAUCUAGUUGGAGGAGAUAUCCGCCGCAGAAGGGUUUGAGUAUCAUAAACUGUCGAAAACCAGAGGAGGAUGACAUCUUUCCUGAACUCCAUGAGUUUCGUUUGGGAACUCUGGAGGAACUUGAUCUUUCCUACUGCCAACACUUGAAGAAGAUCCCUGACUUGAAUGGGGUUCCAAAUCUGAAGAAAUUGAUCCUUGAAGGUUGUGAAAAAUUAUCAGAACUUCACCCAACAAUUGGGAGUCUCCAGCAUCUGAUUUUUUUGAAUUUGAAAGGAUGUGUAGAUCUAGAGAGCCUUCCCCGUUCCAUCAGCUUGAAGUCUCUAAAAAUAUUUGUUCUUUCAGGAUGUUCAAAGCUGAAAGAGUUUCCAGAUAUUAAGGGAGAUAUGGAUAGUUUGUCAGAAUUGCAUUUAGAUGGGACAGCGUUAAAGCAUCUGUCAAUAUGCAAGACGCAAUUGAAAGCCCCUAUUUUGAUAAAUCUGUCAGGCUGCAGGAACCUUUUGACUGUUCCAGUCCUGCAAAGUCUGAAAUCUCUCAAUCUGUCAGGCUGCUCACGUGUAUCCAUAUUGCCAUCUAACCUGGAAAGCAUGAAACAUUUGGAGGAUCUUGAUGCCUCUGAAACUUCUAUAACAGGGGUACCCUCGUCCAUUUCAUAUUUGGUGAAGCUUGAAGUGCUAUCUUUUUUUGGAUGUAGUGGUUUGCAGUUGCCUAAAUGGUUCUCGGAUUUACGAUCUUUGAAAUCAUUAAAUCUACGGAGGUGUGGUCUAGCAGAAGAAGUGCUUGAUAUCCUGUACUGCUUAUCCUCUCUGAAGAUUUUGGAUUUGGGUGAGAACAGUUUUGUGACUAUACCUAAUGACAUCGAUCGCUUAUCCUCUUUGCAGCAAUUGGAUUUGAGUGGAAACAAUAUAGUGAGCAUACCGCAUGAAAUUGGUUGCUUAUACUCGUUGCAGCUUUUAGAUUUGAGUGAAAACAACUUUGUGAGUAUACCUAAGAGCAUCUCUAAUCUUUCUGAGCUUACAAUACUUCGCCUGUUUAGAUGUAGUAAGCUACAGUCCUUGCCAAAUAAUCUUCCCUUCAAUCUAAAACAUGUUUAUGCACAAGAAUGUCCUAUGUUGAAGUAUAAUGCAGAUACUUUGACAAUACGGGCAUCUGGAGAAGGGGUCUUUUUCAUGCAUUGCGGAAAAUAUGAGCAGGAUGAUGAUCAGCCAAGCCACGUCCCAGUUCCAGCUCCCAAAGACCGCAUUGAACUACUGUUUCCAGUUUACAUUGCGGACCGAGUGUAUGGUAAAAAGCCAUUUGCAAUUUGUUUUCCACACAGUACAAGAAUUCCCAAUCUGUGGAGUCAUUGGAGGAGUGGCCCUUUUGUAACAAUCCCACUAUCUGAUGGUAACAGUGCGUGUAUGGGACUUGCUCUGUUUGUUGUUUUUGAAAUCCUUGAAGGCAAUUUCAAUAAGAUAUGGGAAUUGGAAGAGACUAUCUGUGAAUUUCACACCGAUGUUGGUCCUGAAAAUUCCCUUGUUUUUCAGAACUUCAUAGACUUCAAGGCUGGGUCAUAUGCACUUUGUUGCUAUGAACCGCGAGGCGGGCAAUUUAGUGGGAUGUUUGAUAAACCAAGCUCACGACUUCGGGCUUCAGUUUCAAUGAAGAGACCAAAUUUAAAAGUGAGAGGUUGUGGGAUACAUCUAAUGUCAGAGGAAGACACUGCAGAGUUUGUAAAAAGUUUAGCAAAUCAGACUGCCACUCAACACCUCGAUUCCAAUUUUGAUCAACAUUGUGAGUACCUAUUAAAUGAGGAGACAACAACUGGUAACCUGAUGGAAGUGGGAUCUACUUCAACUUUCAAUGAAGAUAGCUGCAGCAAAAGUAUCUCUAAAUUCAAAUUGAGAGGAGAGCUGUCGAUACUCUAUGAGGGAUGCAAUGGACGUGAGAAUAGUUUCCAUUUUUGCUUUCCUGCUCCUGUAAUUUCAGCCCCGCCCUGGUUCUUCCAUCACCAUGCAGGGGAUGUAACUUUGUGUUACAUCACUAAAAACUUACUUGAUGAUCAGAGAUGGGUGGGAUUAGAACUAUAUGUUCAAUUUUCUCGGUGUACAUCUACUUCUACAUCUGGCAAUAGUAGUUUUUUCUUUUAUGUUGAUUUGUGCUCUCAUGAUCAUGAAAGUAUAGUAAUGCACGGAUCCCUCAAGAUAAACAGUUGUGUUGGGACCUCAGAUCAACUUGUUGUAUUACACGUACCACGUGUUCAUUUUCAACAGCAGUUGAAUCAAUGUCAGGGUAUUAGCGCAUUGUUCAGAACCAUUGAUGCAGAGAUGGAUGUCCAAGUGUGUGGAAGCCGUUUAGCUUUCGAGCAUGAUUUGGAAGACUUGAUCCAUUCAUUAACUGCAGCUGCCGGCACGUUGGGGCAACAUGUCCUCACUCAACCAUGCUCCCAGGCCCAACCUGUUGAUCGGCGCAAUGCAGAGGAAGCAGAAAUGCCCAUCAAUUGCUGUUCCUGUUUUCAGAGAUGCAGAAGUACUGCACUAGUACUACCACAAGCUCCUUCUUCUUCAAUUGUGCGGCUGCGAAAUUAUAGAUGCUAUCUCCAGCAACAGCAAGGUUUUGGGGAGUCUGACGUUAACCAGUUGGUCCACUUCAGAUCAGUAAUGUUACUCCACUCCAGAAGCCUUUUGGAAAACAGGGACAGAAACCAAGAAAACAUUGCCGAAAAAGAUAAAUCGUUGGUGUUGGCUCGUCAUCAUGUACAUAUAAUGGCUGAGACUCAACUUCAGGGAAGCUAUAGUUCACCACGGUGGAAGAGAUGCCUGAAGUUGUUGCUUCGGCGGUACAAGGUGGCUACUCUCAGUCUCGGUGGACACAAAAUUUCAGCUCUCAAGAAUUUUGAUCCUUCCUCCCCAUACAAUAUUAUUUGUUUCUCUGACAAGGAAAUUCCAGUGUGGUUCAAACAUGAGAUGUCGUAUCAGAUGUCUUCUAGGUCUAGGGUGGGAAUCAAACUACCUCCAAGAUUGCACGAGGAUGAGAAUUGGAGAGGACUUGCUAUAUGUGUUACCUUUGAAGUUCAUGACCAGCGUCCAGCUACCUCCCCGGUCAAACUUCUCUGUCACUUGAGAGCCAAGGACAACUAUUGCUUGAAUCCUAUCCCUAUGUGUUCCAUCACUGAAGAGAAACUCAAGUCGUUGCAUCUUGGUCGAUUCAUUUGGGUAACCUACAUCCCCAGUAUUUUGCUAACGGAGUUCUGUGUGAUUAGUGAUGUAGAGGCCAGAAUUUAUGUUAGUUACAGAGGCUUGACAGUGGAGAAGUGUGGUAUACGUCUCUUGUACCGGCAAGAAGAGGGGGAGUUUGAGAACACAAUAACCGAAUGUUGGACCUCUUUCUUCGAUAAUCUGUCUUUCAUGCGUCAACUUGUAGAAGCAGAUGAUCAACCGCAUGAACUUCCAAUGCUUGAAGGGCAUAACAAGGUAUUUGAUCCGGAUUUAAUAUACAAUGCAAUCUGCCCUUCUAAUGAAAUUCUGGAGUGGUUCGGGCAUCGCAUUGAGGAUUCCUCGGAUGACACCUGGGGCUGUGAAUUCCAGUUACCACCAUCUUUGAGCGACACAAAUUGGAUAGGAUUGUCCAUCUGUGUAUCAUAUCGUAUUAGAAGAGUGGAUUGGUACGAACCUAAUUCCCACCCCUUUAAUUUAACAUUGAAAACCAGAAACAAUGCUUUGUCGUCUCUCCAUCGGUAUCAAAGUAGCAAUGAAGAAUAUCAGUUCGUAAACAGUUGUCGUAUUAUGAAUCGUAGAUUCAUUUGGCUCUCCUACAUACCACGACGCUGGUUUCUACAUCAGCUAAAUGAUGAGUCUGUCCUCUUUGCUUCACUCCGGGACACCUGGUGGAGCCCGGCCAAGAUCUAUCACCGAUUUGUAUAUGCGCAGGAAGAGUUCAAGCAGCUCUGUUUCAAUCUCGAUCGACCGGGUGCCCCACAGUAAAAUAAUUAGGAUCGCGAUCGAUUUCUUGUAUUAUACCUUCAAUUAAUGUAUCACGACAUUUGUGAUAAAUAGUAAGCAGAGACGGACAUUCUCACUUUGAAAGA